ACGUUUCAUCAUAAUAGAGGUUAUAUUGAAGAAAAACACAUCGACUUUCCAAGGAAAAACCGGUGUAAUUUUCUUCUCUAUUAAUUUAUAUUUAAUUUAAGCAUGGGGGCAGACGAGGAGAACAUUGAGGCCCUAAAAAGUCUCGGGCUCAGCGAGCAAAAGGCCAAAGAAACGUUAAAAAACGCCGCAGUUACCAAAACCUUAUUGUCCAUCGUAAAUGAGGUCAGAGGGGUGCAACUAGCCGAGGGCACCGGCACCCUCCUCUACCACCUGGGAACCAAAAUAAAGCCCCAAAUGGCCCAUCAUUUACCCACCCUGGUCAAAUAUAUUGUCUCUAAGAAGCUUGACAACACUUUGAGGGUGGAUAAAGCCAUAGAGUUCGCCCUCUCGCAUAUAAACAACUUUGACACCAAUCUGUUGGAACAAUUUUGCGGGGUUGGGGUGGUUGUCACCCCAGAACAAGUGGAAAAAUGCAUAGAAAAGCACUUGAACAAUUUUAAAGACGAACUGGUUGAGAAGAGAUAUCGGUUCAAUUCUGGGCCUCUAAUGCAAAAGGUGAGAGAGGAGCUGCCUUGGGCUGACGGAAAAGCCAUAAAAAACGAAAUUGAUGUGCAAAUUUUGGAUGUGCUUGGGCCUAAAACAGAAGCCGACCUGGCCCCAGCACCAAAACCCGAUAAAAAAAAGACUGGAGGGAAAGAGGCUAGAGCAAAACCUGUGGCAAAGAAAUCUGAAGAACCAAGCCAGAGCCUCACCAUCCUGGAUGUGAUGAAAAAGGUGAACUUCCAUGCCCCCGGCGAAAACUACAAAACCGAUGGCUACAUUGUCACAGAAAACACUGAAAAACUGUUGCGGGAACAUUUGAAAAUUACAGGGGGAAAGGUGAGGACCCGGUUCCCACCCGAACCCAACGGAAUCCUUCAUAUUGGGCAUGCGAAGGCCAUCAAUAUUAACUUUGGGUAUGCGGCAGCCAACGGGGGAAUUUGCUUUUUAAGAUAUGAUGACACCAAUCCAGAAAAGGAGGAGGAGAAGUUUUUCACAGGGAUUUAUGACAUUGUUAAUUGGCUGGGUUACAAGCCCUAUAAAGUGACCCACUCGUCCGAUUAUUUCGAUCAACUAUACGAGUGGGCGGUGAAAUUGAUCCGGAAAGGGAUGGCGUACGUUUGCCAUCAAACCGCCGACGAAAUGAAGGGGUUCAACCCCGAGCCCUCCCCUUGGAGGGAUCGUCCCGUGGAAGAGAGUCUUCAGCUGUUCCAGGACAUGAAAAAUGGGAAAAUCGACGAGGGCGCCGCCACCUUGAGGAUGAAAGUCACCCUGGAGGAGGGUAAACUGGACCCGGUGGCUUAUAGGGUGCGUUUCACGCCCCACCACCGAACAGGGGAUAAGUGGUGCAUUUAUCCCACGUACGAUUACACCCAUUGUUUGUGCGACAGUAUCGAACAUAUCACGCAUUCGUUGUGCACCAAGGAGUUUCAAUCUAGACGGUCCAGUUACUAUUGGCUCUGUAACGCCCUGGACAUCUACUGUCCCGUCCAAUGGGAGUACGGCAGACUGAACGUCAAUUACACGGUAGUUUCCAAGCGGAAAAUCGCCAAACUGAUCGAGGAACGUAUCGUAAAAGACUGGGACGAUCCGAGACUUUUCACGUUGACCGCCCUGAGGCGCAGAGGAUUCCCCCCGGAGGCGAUCAACAACUUCUGCGCCCAGUUGGGCGUAACCGGGGCGCAGAGCACCGUGGAUCCGUCCAUGUUGGAGGCGUUCGUCAGGGAUUAUUUGAAUAACGUGGCGCCCAGGCACAUGGUGGUUUUGGAGCCCCUGAGGGUCACCAUCGAGAACUACCCGCACUCGAAAGCGGUGCGGAUUCCUGUGCCCGAUUUUCCUAAUAAACCGGAAGGGGGUAGCCACGACGUCACUUUCGACCGGGUGAUUUGGAUCGAAAAGAGCGAUUUUAUGGAGGUGGGUGAUAAGGGCUAUAGACGACUCACGAAAACCCAAUCGGUGGGCCUGAGACACGCCGGAUACGUCUUGGAGGUGGCGGAAGUGAAAACCGGCAGUUCCGGGGAAGUUUCCGAGCUGAUCUGCAAAUGCGUUGAGGCGGAAAAGGCCAAAGUGAAACCGAAGGCGUUCGUUCAUUGGGUUGCCGACCCCAUAGAGGUGGAGGUCAGGCUUUAUUCGGCUUUGUUCAAGCAUAAGAACCCCGAGGAUCCCGCGGAGGUUCCCAACGGGUUCAUCUCCGAUUGCGAUCCAGAUUCUUUGAAGGUCUUGAAGAGUUUCGCUGAUAAGUCGCUGAGGCAGGCCAAGGUCUUGGAGACUUUCCAGUUUGAAAGAACCGGAUUUUUUGCCAUUGAUCCAGACACCAAGGACGACAAGAUCGUAGUCAACAGAACGGUGGGACUUAAAGAAGAUACCGGCAAGUGAAUUGUGUUCAAUAGAUACGAUACUAUUGUAUAUUGAUAUUAAUAAAUUUUUAUUGCAAUUGAA